AUCAGUAGAACGAAUCCGACUCUUCAUAGGAAAACCGCUUCAUUAGAAUGAAAGAGAGAGAAACGUUUGGAAUCAACCAAUUCACUUGAAAUAAACUGACUUUUCGACUCUAUAUGAGAGAAAGGAGUGUUUGGAUUUUCCCUCGCAGAUUUAGCAGCGGUUUCGAGUUGGUCGAAAUGUGAUUUUGCCCCUCAGGCCAUGUCAUGAGGGACGAAAUGAAAUGCAUCAGCCGCCAGCCCCAGCCAACCAAUUCCCCGACUCUAUACACACGGAUUGAUGGAGAAAUGUCAAAAUGAAAUACCUGAACUGAAGAUCUGCUCAGAAAAUGGGACAAACUUUCUAAAACCAGGGUCGCCAUCCUAGAUCGCAUCAUGUUAUUGGACCAACCGGACCAUUCUGUUUAAUUUCCUACUUUCUGCAGUAAAGAUUAAGGACGAUGAUGUCACCUUCCCCACGAACGGUUCACGGUGCUGGAAUGUUACAGGCUGUUGACCGAGGCAAAGGAUUGUGGGUAUUGUGUACGGAGGAACAUGGAGGUGUAAGGGUCAUCUGGAAAUCGGCAAUGGCAUCACGUGCAGGCCCAAGAGCUGCAGGGACUGAUGGGAGUGAUUUUAAACAUAGAGAGAAAGUGGCUUCUCACUAUCAGAUGAGUGCUUCAUUGAAAUCAGAGAUAAAGAAGCUCACCUUAGUGCAUUUCUUCAUAUGGCUACUGGUGGCGGCUCAGAUGGCUGUUAGUCAUCUCAAUCUGGUGUCACAUGAUCUGGUGGCCAUGCCCUAUCAGUGGGAGUAUCCAUACCUUUUGAGUCUCCUGCCCUCGUUUAUUGGAGCCCUGUCCAUGCCGAAGAACAACAUCAGCUAUCUGGUGAUCUCCAUGAUCAGUGCUGGUUUGUUCUCAGUGGCACCCUUGAUUUUUGGUGCAAUGGAAAUGUUUCCACUAGCCCAGCAGCUGUACCGACACGGAAAAGCUUACCGGUUUAUCUUUGGUUUCUCGGCCGUAUCUGUGAUGUAUCUACUCAUGGUGAUCGCUAUUCAGGUGCACGCGUGGCAAAUCUACUACAGCAAGAAGCUUCUAGAUGCCUGGUUCAACUCAACACAAGAGAAGAAGAAGAAAUAAACAUGCUGUUGUAUACUUGGAUUUAUCCACCCACUUUUUCUGUCUCAGUUGUUACUGUACAAUGCAUGCAAUUAUUGUAAAUGUUUAAAUAUUUGCAAUUGAAAUAUAAAUCUACAUUUGUAAGCUAACAAAGCUUACUUAAUA